AUGGCGUUUAUUAAAGACGAGAGUGAAGAUGUGAAGAUUGAAGAAACAUUCACAGUCAAACAGGAAGAUCUGCAGGAACAAACAGACCUGAUAGUGCUGAAAGAAGAGACUCAAUGCAAUAAAAUGGAAGAGCAACACCAAGAAAUAACAGCUGAUGAAAAACCCACACUGACUGAAAAGACUUCAUCACUCGGAAGACCUCGGAAAUCCAAAACUGAGUGUAAUUUUAGCAGUAAACAGCGUAGAAAGAGUUUCAUUCAAAAGCGUAACCUUGGUGUUCACAGGAGAGUUCACACUAGGGAGAAACCUUACACUUGCGAACAGUGUGGAAAGAGUUUUGGUAAAAAGAGAAGCUUAAAGACCCACAUGAGAAUUCACACUGGAGAGAGGCCGUACACAUGUCAACAGUGUGGAAAGAGUUUUAAGCAAAUUGGCACCCUUAAAGGCCACAUGAGAAUUCACACUGGAGAGAGGCCGUACACAUGCCAACAAUGUGGAAAGAGUUUUAAGCAAAGUGCCACCCUUAAAGGCCACAUGAGAAGUCACACUGGAGAUAGGCCGUACACAUGCCAACAGUGUGGACAAAGCUUCUAUUAUGCAGGAAACUUUGCAGCGCACAAGAGGAUUCACACUGGAGAAAAGCCCUACACAUGCCAACAGUGUGGAAAGAGUUUUAAGCAAAGUGGCACCCUUAAAGGCCACAUGACGAUCCACACUGGAGAGAAACCUUACAGAUGCACAGAGUGUGGUAAAAGUUUCACAUGUAAAAGCUCACUCAUUAACCACAUGAUAAUCCACACUGGAGAGAAACCAUUCAUGUGCACUCAGUGUGGGAAGAGUUUCCGCCAAGCAUCAUCACUUAAUAAACACAUGAGGAUCCACACUGGAGAGAAACCAUUCACAUGCACUCAGUGUGGAAUAAGUUUUAACUGCUCAUCAUACCUUAAACAACACAUGAGGAUCCACACUGGAGAGAAACCAUUUACUUGCACUCAGUGUGGGAAGAGUUUCAACCGCUCAUCAAACCUUGAUCACCACAUGAGGAUCCACACUGGAGAGAAACCAUUUACUUGCACUCAGUGUGGGAAGAGUUUCAACCGCUCAUCAAACCUUGAUCAACACAUAAGGAUCCACACUGGAGAGAAACCAAUAACGUGCACUCUGUGUGGGAAGAGUUUUCGCCAAUCAUCAUCCCUUUCUAAACACAUGAGGACCCACACUGGAGAGAAACCAUUUACUUGCACUCAGUGUGGGAAGAGUUUCAGCCAAUCAUCAAACUUUAAUCUACACAUGAGGAUCCACACUGGAGAGAAACCAUUUACGUGCACUCAGUGUGGGAAGAGUUUCCGCCAAGCAUCAUCACUUAAUAAACACAUGAGGACCCACACUGGAGAGAAACCAUUUACUUGCACUCAGUGUGGGAAGAGUUUCAACCGCUCAUCACACCUUAAUCAACACAUAAGGAUCCACACUGGAGAGAAACCAUUUACUUGCACUCAGUGUGGGAAGAGUUUCAGCCAAUCAUCAAACUUUAAUCUACACAUGAGGAUCCACACUGGAGAGAAACCAUUUACUUGCACUCAGUGUGGGAAGAGUUUCAACCGCUCAUCACACCUUAAUCAACACAUAAGGAUCCACACUGGAGAGAAACCAAUAACGUGCACUCAGUGUGGGAAGAGUUUCAACCGCUCAUCACACCUUAAUCAACACAUAAGGAUCCACACUGGAGAGAAACCAAUAACGUGCACUCAGUGUGGGAAGAGUUUUCGCCAAUCAUCAUCCCUUUAUAAACACAUGAGGAUCCACACUGGAGAGAAACCAUUCACUUAUGAAUGCAAGAAAUGUGGAAAGAUUUUGGGAAGCAAAAGCAAACUUAAGAUUCACAUGAGCAUCCACACAGGAGAGAAACCAUUUACAUGCACUCAGUGUGGGAAGAGUUUCAGCAAAUCAUCAUCCCUUAAUCAACACAUGAGGAUCCACACUGGAGAGAAACCAUUCACAUGCACUCUGUGUGGGAAGAGUUUUAGCUUAUCAUCAUCCCUUAAUCUACACAUGAGGAUCCACACUGGAGAAAAACCAUUUACAUGCACUCGGUGUGGGAAGAGUUUCAACUGCUCAUCAAACCUUAGUAAACACAUGAUGAUCCACACUGGAGAAAAACCAUUCACGUGCACUCAGUGUGAGAAGAGUUUUAGGAUAUCAUCAUCCCUUAAUCUACACAUGAGGAGCCACACUGGAGAGAAACCAUUCACAUGCACUCAGUGUGGGAAGAGUUUCAGCCAAUCAUCAUCUCUUAAUAAGCACAUGAGGAUCCACACUGGAGAGAAACCAUUCACAUGCACUCAGUGUGGGAAGAGUUUCAACCGAUCAGAACACCUUAAUCUACACAUGAGGAUCCAUACCGGAGAGAAAUCAUUCACUUGCACUGAGUGUGAGAAGAGUUUUACCUGCUCAUCAAACCUUAAUCUACACAUGAGGAAACACACUGGAGAGAAACCAUACGCAUGCACUCAGUGUGGGAAGAUUUUCAGCCAAUCAUCAUACUUGAUAAUUCACAUGAGGAUCCACACUGGAGAGAAACCAUUCACAUGCACCCAGUGUGGAAAGAGUUUCAGCUUAUCGUGGUCCCGUAAUCUACACAUGAGGAUCCACACUGGAGAGAAACUAUUCACAUGCACUCAGUGUGGGAAGAGUUUCAGCAGCUCAUCACACUUUAAUUACCACAUGAGGGUCCACACUGGAGAGAAACUAUUCACAUGCACUCAGUGUGGGAAGAGUUUGAGCUGCUCAUCAUCCCUUAAUCAACACAUGAGGAUCCACACUGGAGAGAAACCAUUCACAUGCCUUCAGUGUGGGAAGAGUUUCAGCAAAUCAUCAAACUUUUUUCUACACAUGAUGAUCCACACUGGAGAGAAACCAUUCAAAUGCACUCAGUGUGGAAAGAGUUUCAGCCAAUCAUCACACCUUAAACACCACACGAGAAUCCACUCUGGAGAGAAACCAUUCACAUGCACUCAGUGUUGGAAGAGUUUCAGCCGCUCAUCAUACCUUAAUCAACACAUGAGGAUCCACACUGGAGAGAAACCAUUCACAUGCACUCAGUGUGGGAAGAGUUUCAGCCGUUCAUCAUACCUUAAUCAACACAUGAGGAUCCACACUGGAAAGAAACCAUUCACAUGCACUUAAGCCGUGGUCACACUGGACUUUUCUACCCAUACACUUCCUUGCGUGUAUUCCAGCAUGUAGACUGUCUGUCUGUACCUGGGAGUAUUUCAUGACGUCUCUGAGUGUACUGCAUUUAUUCAUGAGAAAGACUUUGUUCAAACCAAUCAGUGCGCUCUAUUGUGUAUUCGGGGCAACUUCAUUAAUAUGUAUAAUAGCUUUAAAGACUGCUUUACCUGAAACAGUGUUCAGACGACAGAGAGACGACUAGUUGGGUUGCCAAAACAAGUGGGAGAAGAGGAAUUGUUUAAAGUCAGUUCGUUAAUAUCACUACAAUAUUAUGGACUGAAGGAUCUGCUGUAAAUGUUGCUCUCUGUGUGUAAACAUGUAAACGCGUUUUUUGACAGGAUAGUCUACACAAGCACAUGGCUUUCUGACAUACUGAGUGCAUCUCAGUUACCGAGAAAUGCAGUUUUUUUUUCUCUUAUACAAUGUGCGAUAUCAAACAUUCCACUGUCAUUAAACAGUCAGUUACUGAUGUCCAUGUAAACAGUCACUGUCUUUCUCCCCUGCGUCUGUGUGUUUGUUGUGCCUCUGUGAAAAUUUUGUAGAAAUGUGUUGCGCUCCUUGCGUUUACUGUAAACACAAUGAUGGCAACUGAGAGAAGAACAGUUUCAUAAACAUCUGGUAAACAGCAUCUCUGCUGCUUAAAAUCUUUUUGCAAGUGAUUGUACAGGUGCGGAUACAUCUGUACUCUACUCUUCAGUGUAUUCAUGUAGCUAGUGUUGUUUUCGAUGAUGUUCUUUGUCUGACUCCCUGAAUGAGAAACAAAUCAUCUAUUUAUUAGUAAAGUUUCUUUACUUUUAGAUUCAAAAUUCUUUCUAGUUUACUACAUUUACUGUUUUGAGUAGAAUACAAACUUGAUGAAUAUUUGAUGAUUUUGGCAGAGCGACAAGUAUUUAGUUUUACAAUAUUAAUACACUGUGAUAAUCCCAAGACUCCAGAUUGGAAUAUGUGGUGAAUCCUGAUUGGAUGCCUGCAUUACUCAUCAAUGGGUAUAUAAAAGUUGUUGUGCUAGCUACCCCUGGACGCUGUGGCUACUCAGGAGUCCACAUGUCAAGACCUGCCAUCUCAUUGACUCUUUAACUUUAUGGUUUUGGUUUGCAUUACUUAUAUUAUGUAGUUAAAGUGUUGUUGUGAUUAUAUCAUAAGUUCUUUAUCUUCAUUAUUAUGCCUAGAAAUUUGUUGGUUGCUUUGAUUGAUUGUUCUGAGUUACAUUUUAUAAUAAAUCAUUUGCAUUCAGGCU